AUGGGUCGUCGGAUCCGAGUCCAGCGUAAAGGAGCUGGAGGUAUUUUCAAGUCACAUAACAAGCAUCGUAAGGGAGCCGCUCAAUUGCGACCUCUUGACUAUGCUGAGCGUCACGGCUAUAUUCGUGGUGUUGUCAAGGACAUCAUCCACGAUCCUGGACGUGGUGCCCCUCUGGCCAUCAUUGCUUUCCGCGAUCCAUACAAGUACAAGACCGUAAAGAGCACCGUUUGUUGCUGCUGA